UUCCCCAGCAGCCCCCGCAGCCGGCUCCGCAGUGGUCCGCUCCGGUUGGUUGCCGCGUGCGGAUUCGGGUUCCAGACCCAAGGCUGCGUGUUCUCCACCGCUUGUUGUGGCCAGUGUUACUGUGGUGACCGCCAGAGUAGCCUUCGCGCUAUGGAGGAGCCCGGUGCUAUCCGUCAGCCCUACUUGGGGCUGGUCCUGGAGGAGGUACGAAGAGUUGUGGCAGCACUACCUGAGAGUAUGAGAGCAGAUUCGAAUCCUUAUGGUUUUCCAUGGGAACCGGUGGUAUGUGCAGCUGUUGUUGGAUUGUUUGUUGUUCUCCUUUUUUUGUGGAGAAGUUUUAGAUCGGUUAGGAGUCGGCUUUAUGUGGGAAGAGAGAAAAAACUUGGUGAAACGCUUUCUGGACUAAUUGAAGAAAAAUGUAAACUACUUGAAAAAUUUAGCCUUAUUCAAAAAGAGUAUGAAGGCUAUGAAGUAGAGUCAUCUUUAGAGGAUGCCAGCUUUGAGAAGGCGGUAGCAGAAGCACGAAGUUUGGAGGCAACCUGUGAAAAGCUGAACAGGUCCAAUUCUGAACUUGAGGAUGAAAUCCUCUGUCUAGAAAAAGAGUUAAAAGAAGAGAAAUCUAAACAUUCUCAACAGGAUGAAUUGAUGGCAGAUAUUUCAAAAAGGAUACAAUCUCUAGAAGAUGAGUCAAAAUCCCUCAAAUCACAGAUAGCUGAAGCCAAAAUCAUCUGCAAGAUUUUUCAAACGAAUGAAGAACGAUGGGCGAUAGCAAUAAAAGAUGCUUUGAGUGAAAAUUCUCAACUUCAGGAAAACCAGAAACAGCUUUUGCAAGAAGCUGAAGUAUGGAAAGAACAAGUGAGUGAACUUAAUAAACAGCAAAUAACAUUUGAAGACUCCAAAGUACAUGCAGGACAAGUUCUAAAUGAUAAAGAAAAUCAUAUCAAGACUCUGACUGGACACUUGCUAAAGAUGAAAGAUCAGGCUGCUAUGCUUGAAGAAGACACAACGGAUGAUGAUAACUUGGAAUUAGAAGUGAACAGUCAAUCAGAAAAUGGUGCUUACUUAGAUGAUCCUCCAAAAGGAGCUUUGAAGAAACUGAUUCAUGCUGCUAAGUUAAAUUUUUCUUUAAAAAUCUUAGAAGGAGAAAGAAACCACAUUAUUAUUCAGUUAUCUGAAGUGGACAAAACAAAGGAAGAGCUUACAGAGCAUAUUAAAAAUCUUCAGACUCAACAAGCAUCUUUGCAGUCAGAAAACAUAUAUUUUGAAAGUGAGAAACAGAAGCUUCAACAGAAACUUAAAAUAAUGACUGAAUUAUAUCAAGAAAAUGAAAUGACACUCCACAGGAAAUUGACAAUAGAGGAAAAUUACCGGAUAGAAGAAAAAGAGAAGCCUUCUAAAGUGGAAGAAAAGAUGAGCCAUGCCACUGAAGAGCUGGAGACCUAUAGAAAGCUAGCCAAAGAUCUUGAAGAAGAAUUGGAGAGAACUGUUCAUUUUUAUCAAAAGCAGGUUAUUUCCUAUGAGAAAAAAGGACAUGAUAAUUGGUUGGCAGCUUGGACUGCUGAAAGAAACCUCAAUGAUUUAAGGAAAGAAAAUGCUCACAACAAACAAAAAUUAACUGAAACAGAGUUUAAAUUUGAACUUUUAGAAAAAGAUCCUAAUGCACUUGAUGUUUCAAACACAGCAUCUGGCAGAGAGCAUUCCCCAUAUGGUCCCUCACCAUUGGGUCAGCCUUCAUCUGAAACGAGAGCUUUCCUCUCUCCUCAAACUUUGUUGGAGGGUCCACUCAGACUCUCACCUGUGCUUCCAGUGGGAGGAGGAAGAAGCCCAAGCAGCCCAGGGAAUCCUCUGGACCAUAAGAUUACCAAUGAAAGAGGAGAACCAAGCUGUGAUAGGUUAACUGAUCCUCACAGGGCUCCUUCUGACACUGGGUCCCUGUCAUCUCCAUGGGAACAGGACCGUAGGAUGAUGUUUCCUCCACCAGGACAAUCAUAUCCUGAUUCAGCUCUUCCUCCACAAAGGGAAGACAGAUUUUAUUCUAAUUCUGAUAGACUGUCUGGACCAGCAGAACUCAGAAGUUUUAAUAUGCCUUCUUUGGAUAAAAUGGAUGGGUCAAUGCCUUCAGAAAUGGAAUCCACUAGAAAUGAUGCCAAAGAUGAUGCUGGUAGUUUAAGUGUGCCUGAUUCAUCUCUCCCUGCUGAAAAUGAAGCAACUGGCCCUGGCUUUAUUCCUCCACCUCUUGCUCCAAUCAGCGGUCCAUUGUUUCCAGUGGAUACAAGGGGCCCGUUCAUGAGAAGAGGACCUCCUUUCCCCCAACCUCCUCCAGGAACCAUGUUUGGAGCUUCACGAGGUUAUUUUCCACCAAGGGAUUUCCCAGGUCCACCACAUGCUCCAUUUGCAAUGAGAAACAUCUGUCCACCAAGGGGUUUACCUCCUUACUUUCAUCCAAGACCUGGAUUUUACCCCAACCCCACAUUCUGAAGGUAGAAGCGAGUUCCCUUCGUGGUUGAUUCUGCCUUCAAAGGAGCCUGCUACUUAACAUCCAGAACCACAACAAGAAACCUGACAAUAUUUUUGCUUUCUUCAAAAGUAAUUUUGACUGAUCUCAUUUUCAGUUUAAGUAACUGCUGUUACUUAAGUGAUUAUACUUUUCUCAAAUUGAAGUUUAAUGGAAUUAUAGUUCUCAGGAUAGUAUUUUGUAAAUAAAGAUGGUUUAAAUAUGAAUAAAAAAAUAAAAAUAAAAAAUAUCUAUUCUACAA